AUGGAUAGAAGCACGGUUGAUUUGAGAUCAGGUACAGGAAUGAAGCCACUACCUACUGCCUCGGGGGAUGCAGGCAAACCCAAGAAAAUCUUGCCGGCUGGAAUGGCUGAACCUGUUCCUCCUUCAAUGUCAAAGUCAAUUCCAUCUAGGACAGCUGGCCCCGGGGGACGGGACGAAGAGUGA